AUGUCAUCUCCACAACUUCCUCGCAAACCCAUCAAAGCAUGGUCCACCACAGAUUUAGUCAAUUUUUUGAAAUUUCAUAAUUUUCCAAAUUCAAUAAUUGAAAAUAUGGAACAAGAUGGAUUUGAUGAUCAAGCCGAACGUCUUUCUCAAAAAUUGGAUGAAUUUGAACAAUUGGAUCUUUCAACAUUACCUGAAAUAUUGACAUCUGACACUCCCAGCAAUGCCACGGCACAAGUGAACAUUCCUAAAGCAACUGCUCCACCUCUCUAUCCAGAUCUGCAAAAAUCUUUCUCAACUCAAUUGAAUUUAAACAUUCAACCUCCUCCAAACUAUUCCACCAGUCCACAUCCUGUCACAACGUCAAAUGUCAUCAUGCAACCUCCUCCUCCUUCUUACAGUUUUACAAAGCCAACCUCAAUAACGGUUCAAUCUCCUCCUCCUUACCAUCAAGUAGUAGCAACAAAUCCCACUCGACCUCCUCCAUCUUAUCAAAAUGUGCCACAAACAAUUCAACCUCCUCCUCCCUAUCAAUCUCAAGGAAUGAUUUCACCACCUCAAUAUCCAUUUACUGAGCUAGGUCAGAGAUCUAUCCCUAAUAUGCCACCUGUCGUGACGAAUCCACCAUUACCACCUUCUUAUCAAAGUAUUCAUCCACAAGUAGUAGUCUUUCAGUCGAAUCCUCCUCCACCUCAAUAUGAGUCCAAGAAUCGAAAUGAAAUGUCAAUUUCACAGAAUGGACAACCACAAGACGAAUCUCCUGCCAUUUCUUAUCAACAACCACUCAAUGAUGAAGAUGUUCGAAAUGAGGAUCCUCUCAAUGUCGACGAACGUAUCACGGAUCUAUCGCAACAGAUGAAACAGAAAACUCCUCUCCAACAAUUACAAGUAGGAGCGCUACCACAACUUUUCGCUCCUCUCAUGGAUUUGAAUUACGAUACCAUUCAAAGAGUUCUUCAGAAAAAUAUUAAGGAUUGGAAAUGUGAGGACGUGGUCUUGUGGUUGAGAUAUCAUGGUUAUCCUGAGAAUGUAAUUGCAAAAAUUUAUCACUCUCAAUACGAUGGAUUUUCCUUUAUGGAUCUUUCAUCAGUGGUUGAAAUGUUGACCAGUGAAGAUAUUGAUCAAGUCAUUGCUGAAUCUAUUAAGCAACGAAUUUUAGAUUUCAUUCCUGAAUCUAUGCCUUCCAUGAAUGAUGAAGAACGAGAAUUAAAAAUUGUGAUUCAGGAAUUGAUGGCCACUCAUUACGGAGGAACAAGUGUUGCUGGAAGAAUUAAUCCAAUUCCCGUUUCUGAGGCUUCCUUGUGGAAUGUAUCGAAAAUGGAAUUUAAACAUUUAGACCGAAUUGAAGCUGUAAAAAGAAAACUCAAAAUUUUUGGUUCAUUACUUUCAAAAGAACAAGUCUCCAUUAUUGCACAAAACUAUACCUUUCCUCACAGAUUCUUGUAUAAAUAUCUCAAUCCAAAAAGAUUACCUCAAUAUGGACAUGCUCAAACCAAUGGUGAAGAAUUUUUGAAAAUUAAAUUGGUCAUGAUGAAACAAAGUCCAACGAGUGUCAAGAGACAAUUGAAUAUGAAUCCAUUACUGAAAAAUAAGAUGACUACUGAUGUGAUUCAAUGUGCUCUCCUUGUUGGACCAUGGUUAAUUGAAUGGACCGAUUACGCCAUGGCCAUUGUACGAAGUCAACCCACUUUUACACCAUUAAGCGUUAUUGAACUUGGAACCAUUCGAGGUGACACACAAGUCAAAUUGGCUGUGAGAAAUUUGGCAUCUUUUUGUUCGUUUUGGACCGUUGAAAAACAAUAUACUCUCAACAAGUACAAUACUUUACAGUUCUGUCAUUAUGCCUUAAUGUUCAUGCAAAAUUUGACAGAUAAAUCACCAUCUCCUCCCAAUGCCAUUCUCAUUCCACAGUCACACUUGUAUUUAUCAGCAUUGAAAGAAGAAUCGUAUGGUGAAAUGAGUUUUACCUUUCAAGAGAUAUCAUUGGCAAAACAAAUCUUUGAUCGAUCGGAUUGUAUUUGGGAUUUGAAGAAUGAACUUUCGAAAAGUAAUUUUCAAAGAAUCAAAUUUCACUCGCAUCACAUGUUAGAUGAAUUUGUGAAAAUUAUGCAACGACAUUUACCAAAUUAUUUUACAUCAACACCAACUGGACGCAUCGAUUAUGAAUUAUUACGAGGAUUUGAUCGAGCAUUUUGGAUUCAAGAAAAUUCAAAACCCAAAAAUCAAAAUGUGAUUCAAGUGGUGAAAUGUCCAUUCAAAACGUUAAAUCCUCAUCCAAAGGAAAUUCAUGUGACCAGUGUGGAUGAGGAUUAUCGAUUUGUGAAAUUUAUAACGGUAGAGCCAACCUAUGAAAGUGUGUUGAAAAAGUAG